UGAUAGUCGAGCAGGAAGAAGUCAUGCGCCCCUGUCCUCUGUUUUGAUUUCGCUGUUGAGUUUUGUUUGGCUUUUCGAGGGGAAAACACGAACGCACUUUUGAGUCACAUGAAUAAGAACCGCUCGGCAGGCAGUCUAGUGUUCCCCGGAACCCACCGUCGGACCCGCGGUCACAUCGCGUCGGCAUGUCGGUGCUGCGAUCGAGGACCGGGUUCUACCGGCAGGAGGUCAACAGAACCGUGUGGGACGUUCCCGAGAGGUUCCGAGACCUGAAGCAGGUGGGGACCGGAGCCUACGGGACGGUGUGCUCGGCUCUGGACCGGCGCAGCGGACUGAAGGUGGCCAUCAAGAAGCUCCACAGACCCUUCCAGUCCAAACUUUUCGCCAAGCGGGCCUACCGGGAACUACGGCUGCUGAAGCACAUGAAACAUGAGAACGUGAUCGGGCUGCUUGACGUGUUCACCUCGGAGAUCAUCCUGGACCGCUUCCGGGACUUUUACCUGGUGAUGCCAUUCAUGGGCACUGACCUGGGGAAGCUGAUGAGGCUAGAGAAGCUCACAGAGGAGAGGGUCCAAUUCCUCGUCUACCAGAUGCUCAAGGGACUCAAGUACAUCCAUUCUGCCGGGAUCAUCCACAGAGACCUUAAACCUGGUAACCUGGCUGUGAACCCGGACUGUGAGCUGAAGAUCCUGGACUUUGGGCUGGCGAGGCAGGCCGACACGGAGAUGACGGGCUACGUGGUGACGCGCUGGUACCGAGCACCGGAGGUCAUCCUCAACUGGAUGCACUACACCCAGACGGUGGACAUCUGGUCUGUGGGCUGCAUCAUGGCAGAGAUGCUACUAGGAAAGCCUCUGUUCAAGGGAAAUGACCACCUGGACCAGCUGAAGGAGAUCAUGAAGGUCACCGGGACGCCAGCUGCCGACUUUGUGGUGAAACUCCAGAGCCAAGAUGCCAAGAACUACAUCAGAAGUUUACCAAAGAUUCCUAAGAGAGACAUGCACACCAUUUUCUCCAAAGCAAGCUCCCACGCGGUCGGGAUGCUGGAGCGCAUGCUGCUGCUGGACCCCGAGGCGCGGGUGAGCGCGGCCGAGGCCCUGGCCACGCCCUUCGUCAGCGAGUUCCGGGAGCCGGAGGAGGAGACGGAGGCGCUGCCCUACGACCACUCCAUGGACAACACCGACCUGCCCGUGGACCAGUGGAAACGUCACACGUUUACAGAGAUCCUGACCUUCAGUCCCCUGAGGGACUCCAAAGAGACGUCACUUUGACACACAUACAGACACAGACACAGACACAGACACAGACACUGACACAGACACAAUGUACAAAGUCCCAUUACAACUACAUACACCACAAACGCACACGCAACCACUGUAUACAUUUCCAGUAACGCUGCAUAUACACACUCACUAACUCACAAACACACACUGAAAAGGUGCCACUAAAUACACACACAAACGCAUCGCUCAAAGUCGCACACACGCAGGCACAGGAAACGUAAUCCAGACACGCACAAGUUAAAUGUUAAUAGUUUCCCACCUGUACAUGUAUACAUAUUAAAUGAACAAUGUUGACUUGGUUACUUUUGCGGAUCUCAAUAAAUGUAGAAAAAGAC